UAUUUUAAUUUCAUAAGUUUUUCGCUCCAAACUCUCAAUCACAAGUGAAUUUUAUAAGCCGGAUCCUCAGGCUGCACCACAUUCAGCCCCAAUUCCAGCGUUGGUUUCUUCAUCCGGUUGACCAGCUCCCUGGCUUCACACAAUCUCCGCGCACUUAUGACAGCCGGCUUCCUCGGGGACAUCGCUGUGUGAAUUCCGCCGCAGAACCGAUUCUUACGCGCUUCCAUCGACGCGUCCAUUUCGUACGGGUAAGCCCUUAGUGGAAGAUUGCUUCUGGGCACGAUAUCGUCCAGUGCAUUUAUCGUUGCUUCGUGAUCGCAGGAAAUACACUUGAGAGCGCCCGAUAGCUUGAGUUUGGUUCCAGCUGCCGCGAUGCUCUCCUGUAGCUUGAGGAACUUGGUCAGCCUAAGCUGAAGCAGGUUCAACUUUUUGGAAACGUUUCGUUCUAACGUGCUCAGUUCAGUUCGAUCUACUUUGACUUGAAUUUCUGGCGUAAGAUUUUGUAUAAGCUGGAGAAGGCUCGCUUUGCACUCUUCCAGUUUCUCAUCGUGUUGCUUCAACGCUCGUCCAAUGUCGGCGAUCGUCAUCUGGAACUGUUGCAGCGGAACUCGCGUCUUGAAAAGUUCAAAAUCAACUCGAUCUUCAAUCUGGAACUCGAGCUGAAGAACUCUUUCGACGGUAUCGUUCUUGAGGUAACUCACGUCACUCAUUAAAUUUUUUAUAUGAUCGUUGAUUUCUUCUUGGAAGUCGUCAAACUUCUUCUCGUACUCGGCUUCAAAUUGUUCCACGUGGUCAUUUAGCGAUGUAAACUGUUCCUUAAGCUUUUCCACGCAUGUUUGUAAAGUUUCCAUCAAUUCCGCAGCAUCUUUCUGUGUUCUCUCUAUGAUGGCGAGCCGUUCUUCUUUUUCCUGGAACAGUUCGUCAAUCUCCUUCUGCACGAACCGUAGAUUGAUGAUCGCACUUGCUGCUUUCUGGUGAAAAUUGGCUUUUACCGUCGUUUGUGACUCAUCACAAGCUUCAUCGGAUUUACUGAGAAUCAGCUCACUGCUUUGUGAUUCCUCGGCCAGCGGCAAUACUCCGAUCAAGCUGUUCAGCACUCCUCGGAUGGCUUCGAUUUCUCUCUCCAGAUGGUCGGGAAGUUGAAUCGAGGCUGAACUUUGAGUAACCGGACUGCGCAUGAACGAUCGUCUGGCGUUGGCAAUCUGCGCAAUAGAUGGGAUUCCUUGGCUGUAGAAAUCUACCGGAAGUGUCUCGAUCGUAAGACGACGUGAACCACUCUGCCGGUCGGAAGGUUGACGAGAACGGAAUCCAGGGAAGUGGUCCGAAAGCAGGCGGCUUAUGUUUUCGACUUGCAUUUUUAGGACUGCGAUGUCGCCACCGUCCAGAUAGGGAAGAACUAGCUUUUCCAGGCGGGUAAACUCCAUCAUUACGUCACUCAUCGUUGCCGUCAGUUUUCCCAAGCUGACCUCGAUAGUGUCCAAGCGAGAUGCCAAGCUUAGGUAGUCCAGCGGGGAUUCCGGAUUGAGGGACUCUCUUCGGGAGCAGAACUGUUCCACGUCUUGCUCGGUGGGCAGAAUCGAAACCUUACGUUCAAGGUCCUCCAACUUCUGGUUGAUGUCUUCGAUUUCUACGGAACUUAGGCUUGAUCGAUGCGAUAACUUCGGCUGAAAUGACCCAUUUUGAAAACCCGUUCUCUCAAUCACCAACCAACUCCAUACCUCAUCCUCCUCAACGUCUUCGCUGGACCGAUUUCGAACCUGAAACAGUUCGCGUCCAUCACGCUCAUGAACCGUCACCUGAACCGAGCUGGCCUGUUCCGAUGAGCGCAGCAGCAGUGACUCGAGCUGUUGAUCCGGCGGAAGCUCAACGCUGGAUCGCUGGGAGCCAAGCUUACGCACGAUAAUGUGUAGCAGGGUAUGAAGCGUGGCAAAGUCCACGUUGCCCUCGUCCGGCGUUCCGAUGGCCAGAUCAACCAGCUUCGCGAGGGACACGUCGACGGUCAUUUUUGUUGAAGUUUAUUUUCGGGUUGCCUUGACUAUGAAUAGAUUUUUAACUUGAUGAAAUUUCAUGAAAAAUUUAACCCGACUCAGCAGUCUUGGAGAUCGUGCAGAGAUUGUGUCAUCACUUCAUUGUCCUGUAAUGUUCCGGAACACGUACCAGCGCGGGUUUCUCGUGGUGUUCAGCAGCAGUGGAAGCAAGCCGUUGGAAAUUUGGGACGUGGUCACGAAAAAUGGCCACGCCAAACGCGUCACGGACGUCGAUUUGAAGCAGCUCUCGUUCGAGCUGAUGGGGGUCAACGUAGCUACCACGUACAUGGUGGCUCCGAGAUGUCCGUGCCCGUCGUUGGCCGUCAAGUUGCCAUUUCUGGUGCUGCUGGUGAAGAACAUGAAGAAGUUUUUCUCGUUUGAGAUUCAGAUAUUAGACGAUCGCAACCUGCUCCGGCGGUUCCGGGCCUCCAACUACCAGAGUGCGACCCGCGUUGAUAACUUCUGCACCGUAAUGCCGCUCGCGUUAACUCCCGGGUGGAACCAGAUCCAAUUCAAUUUGGCUGACUUUACCCGCCGGGCAUACGGAACCAACUACGUUGAAACGGUCAAAAUUCAGAUCCAUGCAAACGUACGCGUUAAGCGAGUCUACUUUAGCGAUCGACUAUAUCCGGAUGAUGAGCUUCCGGCGAACUUGCGGUUGCAUCCACCACUAAGGCCCCUCAAGAUUGGUCAGGUGUACCGAAAGAAGGGCAAGCUGCCGAAGGAUGCCGUCGAAACGGUGCGACCCACGACUCCGGUUACCGCCUUCACCGAGGAACGUACAACGACAACAACGCAAGAGAUGACGAUGGAUUUUUCGGGACCAACGACAACUGUGAGCUUCUCAACGAUAAAAGAAACUACGUAUGAAUCUACGGUCGAGUACGGGGGUGAACCUACCAAAGAGGACGAUGCUAAUCCAGCAGAAGAAGAGCCGGUCACAGCUAAACAGGUAGAGGAAUCAACUUUAGAUCAACCGGAAGAAGAACCUGGAAAAGCUUUAGUGGAAGAAGAAGCAGAACCUGAAGAAGAACCAGACUUGGUCUUUGAGUAUCAUGAAAUUACUACAACGACAUAUUCGUCAAAUCCACUCUAACAAUCGGAAUGUAAAAUUUUGGAAUGUUUAAUUUAUUUUUCUGACAAUUUAAAUAAAUUAUUCGUUGAAUCAGACUUGAACCGCAAUUCAACGAAC